AUGCAAAUAACUAGUAGUCAAAAUCUAAUAGAGAAAUUAAAAGAAGAACUUCAAAAAAAUAGAAAAGAAAGAUUAGAUUUUUUAGUCAAUUACAUUUCAGAAUUCAACAGAUUUUCAAAUGAGAUUCAAGAAGAAACAGAUUUAGAAAGACUAAAAGAUUUUUGG